UGUAGCCAGCCAAUGGCAGCAAAGGCACAGAGUUUUCUUGGCAAUAUAUGAAUCAGUUCUUUCACAGGAAUUGAUGCUCAGAACGCACUAUUUCACACGUGGGUAAAACUUUAUAUGGGGAUCCAAAGCCUGCAGGGAAAGAUGCCUGAGACUGACAACUCCAAGGACAGCAGGAGAAGCAGCAAGUACAGCACAAUAGCCAUGCAAAAGGACAGAAGCUGUUUAGGAAAACUGAAACUAAGGAACAGCCUGGCGAAGGAAACCCUGUCUGAGUUUUUCGGCACAUGUUUGUUGAUUACUUUAGGCUGUUCGUGUGUAGCAUCUUCUGUUCUCAGUGGGGGAAAGGCUGGAGGUCACUUAACUAAUAAUCUUGGCUUUGCAAUGGCAGUCGCUAUGGCAGUCUACGCUACUGGAGGAGUGUCUGGGGGCCACAUUAAUCCUGCAGUUUCAUUUGCCAUGUGUUUAACUGGAAGAUUAGAAUGGGUCAAGCUCCCCUUCUAUGUGAGUGCACAGUUUGUGGGUGCCAUUACUGGGUCUGCUUUAGUUUUUGGUGUUUAUUAUGAAGCAAUAAUCAAAUAUUCUGGUGGAGUUCUUACAGUAGAUGGUCCAAAUGCCACAGCUCAUAUUUUUGCAACCUAUCCUGCUCCAUAUCUGUCAACAAUAAAUGGACUUGGAGAUCAAAUACUGUCUACUGCACUUCUGCUCAUUUUGGUAUUUGCCAUAUUUGACAAGAAAAACAUUGCAGCCCCUAAGGGAUUGGAGCCGAUUGCAAUUGGCCUUCUGAUUAUGCUUCUAGGAUUAGCUCUGGGAAUGAAUUGUGGCGGUGCUAUGAACCCAGCUAGAGACUUAGGUCCACGAAUCUUCACAGCAGUGGCUGGAUGGGGUUAUGAUGUUUUCACAGCUGGCAAUAACUUUUGGUGGAUUCCUGUAGUUGGCCCAAUGGCUGGUGGAGCACUUGGAGCUUACAUAUAUAUUCUCUGCAUAGAAGCUCAUCAUCACAAUGGACAAGAUAGCAUGCAUCCUGUUGAUACUGAUCAGUAUGAAAAGCAUGAACUUACCAAUAUGGCAUAAUCAACUUGUGUUCCUUUAAACUCAGGGAAUGGUGGAAUUACAUAGUAAAUAGCACAGGCCAACAUUGGCUCAAUUUCCACCAAAGACACUAUCGGCAUGAAAUAUGUACAUGUUUGCAUGGGUUCCUCCGGGUGUGCCAUUUUUCUCCAACAAUUCCAAAACCUACUGACAUGUUAAAUGGCUUCAACCCAGAUUGGUCAAACCUUGUAUGUGAAUUUGUAUGACGCUAG